AUGUUGUCGCAGAUGCAGACCCAGGCUCGUGUCCAUUCCGCCAUCGACGAGCAGCAGCACUCGACCUCAUCUGGCGAACCUGCUGUCCUGGAGAACAACCAGGUCGCUCCACAGUCCCGAUCACAGUACCUCGGAAGCGCCUUUUGGACGUCAUUGAAAGGCGCCCUGGAUGAAAUCGAACUUGAGCUCCACACCGAUGUAACGGAUGCAGACACAGACCUGGCCGAUGAGGUGCACACCCCAACAGACACUAGCAGCUCGUCUGGCCCACCAUUGAUCGAUCCGAUCGUAGGAGGUCUGGUGCCUUCUGUGCUACUUCUGCACCCUCCGACACUGCUGGUCUACGAGUUCUGCUCGAUUUACUUCCGCAACGUUGAUCCGGUGUUCAAGGUACUGCAUGGUCCCUCAGUGUGUGGCCAUAUGCAGCAAGGGUUACCUUACCUUGAUUAUGAAGACGGCAGCAAUUCAGUAGUUGCGCUCAAGUUUGUAUUAUACUUCGCUGCUGUUGCGACCAUCAGCGAUGUACAGUGUAGAGCGCUUUUAGGAGUCUCGUCUGUGGAGGCGGUCGCUCAAUAUCGCUCGAUGGCUGAGGCAGCACUAGCACGCGCUGAUUAUCUGGUUUCGAAUGACUUCUUGACAUUACAAUGCCUUGUGAUCUACCUGGCCAUGUGCAGACAUACCGACAUCACACGACGUACCUGGACUCUGGUCUCUGUAGCUGUACGCUCUGCGCUCGCUCUCGAGAUACAUACGGAGAAGACGACCCGCAACGUGUUCGCCACCGAACAGCACCGUCGACUAUGGCACGCGUUAUGCGUACUGGAUCUGAACUUAGCUGUGGAUCUGGCCUCUGAUGCCCUGAUCCUCCCGGGUACCUAUGACACUCCAAGGCCAUCUAAUAUCAAUGACAGCGACAUUUCACCUUACACAAUCGAACCUGUCUCUCCACGUACAGGUUGGACUGAUUCAACUUGCUCGCUGAUGUUCCAGCACAUUGCAGACGGAGCUCGGAUCGGGCACGCUUCAAUAACUGAGUCUUGGAAACAACGACGAGACUACAUCGUUGAGCUCCGCAAGACUAUCGAAGAUGAGUACAUUUCUUAUUGCGAUCCGACCGUCCCGCUGCACGCGUUCACAAUCGCGCUGGGCCGCAGUACUGGAGCAGCACUUCUUCUACAUUCGAUCCGCCCUACCAAAGCUUCUUCGUGCGAUGUGAAAGUGCCUUUCGACGCUGCCUAUCUAUUGCCAUUUGCGAUAGAUGCGUUAUCGAACGCCCAGGCUAUCGUGAACGACCCAACCAUGGCAGGAUGGAGCUGGGCGCCGUGGAUACAUUGGCACAGUAUAGCAGUAGCGUUCGCAGCCCUCGCGCUGAUACCCGAAGGUGAGCUGGCUGAUCGUGGAUGGUCUGUGACUGAAGUGGCCUUCUUCCAGUUUUCUGCGGCCGCUCUCGGACAUCGAGCCCAGCUGCGACGGCCACUGGAGAGGCUUGCGGUAAGAGCCAGACGAGCCAAGGGCGCAUCAAGCCUCGGUCACGUUUACGAUACCUCGAACAAUCCUAUGUUCCAAAGCUACCCACUCGCAACAGCCAGUCAGCCAAAAGAUUUGCCACUGCUGAGUGAGAUCGAGCUACCUAGCUCUGAGGAGUGGGAUAUGUUCCUUCAAGACUAUACGGCCUCCUUGGAUGUUGGCUCUCAGCCGUGA